CCCAGUUCCCCAUCUUUUGUCGGUGAUUAAGCGGCAGGAUCAACCUGCGGCGUUCCUUCUUCGUCUCGUGAAGCGGGCCAGUCGCACUCUUAUCAAGUCGCCUCGCCCUCAUCGUCGUGCAUUGCCCGCCCGGACCUUGGAGAAAAGCUGCCUGGCAAGCGUCGCGUCGCGUCGCAUCAAGCUCCCGUCUCCUCUCCCCUGCGCUUCUCACACGCCCGAGUUCUCGCCCCGGCGCGGCCCCGGCGCGGCCCCUUCCUUCGCCGCUGGCCGUUACGCCCACUUCCCCCCGCCCGCCCGGUGGCCUGACGCCAGACCGGUUCUAGCGCCAAGGGGGUGUUGGUGAUCCGAUCGAGCGAGACAGCUCCCCUGCCCACACCAAAAGCUACCGAACGGGGCAGCCAAGUCGUUCCCGUCCCGAAACCCUGCGUGCUGCCACAUAAAUACCCAGUGACCCCAGGUCCCCAGCGCGCCCAUCAAAGCUCCACCCCUCCCGGUGGACUUCUCGUCUCGUCUCGCCUCUGGUUUUGCUCCAGCAUCCUUCCGUCCUGCCGAGACGUGGUGCCCGCUGGCAUCUCUGCCUGAAUAAAGCAGAGGGACGCCGUCUGGGACGACUCGAGCAUCCUCGAGGCCCUUGCUUGGACCCAACGUACAACAAGACCCUCACCACUCACCCGCCAUAGUACAUCAUGGACCUGCCCGCGGAGCACACGCCGGUGGCAACGCCCAUGCCCGACCCACCAUCCGGCGACUUCAUGACGGUCGAGCAGUGGGAGACCUUCUUCGCCCUUUUAGACGGCAUCAUCCCCGCUGUCGCGGAGGCCUCCAUGUUCAGCGAAAAGGCCUAUCUGACCUUGUCGACAUCUGAGUACGAGAAGCUCCUGGAUCGCGGGACCGGGUCGCUGCUGGAAGCGCCAUCCCGCGAUGCUCUCAAGGAGUUCUUGCGAUACCGCCCCUCAGAUGAUAAGGGAUUCCGUCUUGACGUCCUCAAUACCUUGGCACUUGCACCGCAGAGGAAGCAGCUUGCCAAAGUCAUGAACCUCCUUGGCACUCACUAUGGUAGCCUCCUUCUGACUGGCUACUGGAGUCCCGUCACCCAGCAGCCCGUCAAGAAUCGCGAGGCCAUCAUAAGGUCCUGGUCACAGUCUAGGCUGUCCAGCCUCAGGAUGCUCGCCAAGGCUCUUGUCACAGCAGCCCACAAGGCCCACGCCGUGUCCAGCCCUUACUUUGGCUCCCUCUCCGGCUACACGGACGUGCCCGUCAACUGGAAGGCUGGCGACGGAUACGACUACGAUUUCAUCCAGGUUGGCAAAGGUGACGGCGUGCAUGAGAUUGCUACCGAUGUGGUCAUCGUCGGCUCUGGUUGUGGUGGUGGCGUCUCCGCAAAGAACCUCGCCGAGGCUGGCCACAAGGUCAUCGUAGUCGACAAGGGUUAUUACUUUCCUCCUUCCCAGCUGCCCAUGACUCAGAGUGCCGGCGCCAAGUACCUUUACGACCACGGCGGCGUCACCAUGACAGACAACACGAGCGCCGGCAUCGCUUCCGGCGGCGCAUGGGGUGGCGGCGGCACCGUCAACUGGAGCGUUUGCUUCCGUCUGCAAGACUUUGUUCGCGAGGAGUGGGCCGCCAAGGGCCUCCCACUCUUCAAGUCGUCCGACUUCGACGACUGCCAAGACCGGGUAUGGGACUUCAUCGGUGCCAGUAAAAGCGGCAUCCGCCACAACCACAGGAACCGGGUGCUGCUGGACGGCUCGAGCAAGCUCGGAUGGAAAGCCGACUCCGUUGAGCAGAACACGGCCAGCAAGGAGCACUACUGCGGCCAGUGCCAUCUUGGUUGUGGCUCGGCCGAAAAGCGCGGCCCUGCCGUGGCCUGGUUACCGGCCGCUGGCGACGCUGGCGCCGAGUUUAUGGAGGGAUUCGAGGUGCGGCGCAUCACCUUUGCCUCGGACGGCAUCACCGCUACGGGUGUGGAGGGACUCUGGACCUCGAGGGACUCAAAUGGCCAGUUACACACACCACUGAGCUCUCGCACCCAGCGCACCGUCCGAAUCAAAGCCAAGAAGGUCAUCAUCUCCGGCGGCUCACUGUGGACUCCAACGAUCCUGCAGAAGAGUGGCGUCAAGAAUCCGAAUGUCGGCAAAUACCUGCACCUCCACCCCGUCAACUUCGUCUCCGCAACGUUCAAGGAGGAUGUGCGGCCAUGGGAGGGUGGUAUCAUCACCAGCUACUGCGACGAGUUUGAGAACUUGGAUGGCAAGGGCCACGGCGUGAAGCUGGAGCCCUCAUGCAUGGUGCCGUAUUCAACAUACGCCAUGCAGCCGUGGUACGGCGCGUUGGAUGCUAAGCUCCUGAGUCUCAAAUACCGUUACCUCAACACGUGGGUUGCGUUGACCAGAGAUCGAGACUCGGGCCGCGUGUAUGCGGAUCCCAAGACGGGUGACCCGCGCGUCGACUACACCACGUCCGACUUCGACCGGGACCACACGUUGGAGGGUGUCCAGGCUCUGGCCAAGAUCUGCUAUGUGACUGGCGCGACGGAGAUCCGGGCACAUCUUGGCGGCCUGGAACCUUACGUUCCCGACGACGGGGGCGAGCGCCAGAGGCAGCACGUUUCCGGGAAAGACCCCGAGUUUACGGACCCCACGUUUGCAGCAUGGCUGAAGCAGCUGCGCAAGGUCGACAAUAAGCCGCCCUUUUCCAUCUUCGUGUCGGCGCACCAAAUGGGCUCAUGUCGCAUGAGCAGCAACCCUGGCUCGGGCGCUGUGGACCCGAACGGCAAGGUCUGGGGUCAUGAAAACCUGUACGUGGCAGACGCGAGCGUGUUUCCGAGCGCAAGCGGCGUCAACCCGAUGGUGACGGUCAUGUCGAUUGCCGACUGGAUCUCGCGAGGCAUCGCGAGGGAGCUCAAGUAGGCCGGGCCUGCCCCAACCCCGGGCAGCAACGGAAAGGGAGAGGGCGAUCAGCAUGUGCGUGAUAUCAGUGAAGAAUAUGGUAGCGAGUUUUCCGGAUACCCGGGUGCGUCGAAAUGAGUGUACAGUGUAAUGGAUCGUUGCGGCAGACGCGCUCAAUCUUCAAG